UAGCGUGCGCUCGAUCGUUAUGUUUUCCGCGGGGCGAUGGCUUCUCCCGCUUUUCUGGCUCAUUUCGAACGCGACCUGCUGGAUAAAUGGCGCUCGGAUCCUCGUCAUCGCCCCCUUCGAGACGCAUUCGCAGUGCCUCCUCUUGAUGCCCUAUAUAGAGGCCCUGGCCGAACGGGGUCACCAAUUGACGGUUAUACAUGCCUUCAAGCACUGCAAGCCAGUUGGAAAUGAGACUUAUAUACGCAUAUCAGAUAAUAACAAUGUUUUUGCAGAAUUUGAGGAGUUUAUGGUAUAUGCAACGACAAACAAAUGGGAGGAAAUGAAUUCCAUGGCGAGAAUCAUGAUAAAUGCCGGCCUGAAUGUACUAAAUAAUGCGGAAGUACGUGCCUUAAUGAAAUCAAAUACUACCUUCGAUGCUGUAGUUGUAGAAGCGGGUUUCACGGAUGUACUUUUCGGCUUGGGAGAACUAUUCAAUGCUACACUGAUUGGAAUUUCCACCUGCGGAGCGGAUUGGAAUCUUAAUACUUUGGUGGGCCACGGAGUAUCCGUUUUGGUGGAGCCUCUUAUGCCAAUGAGCGCGAUACCUGUCAGAAAUGUUUGGGAUCGUAUCUACAUGUGGUAUUACAACACCGAAGAAUGGCUGCUUUUGAAUUUGGUGUUCAUCCCGAAACUGCGACUGGUUCAUGAUCAUUUCUUUGGUCAUUUGAAAAAGAGCUUUGUGGAAACCCGUCAGGGGUUUUCACUUAUGCUGCUUAAUCAACACUUUAGCCUUUUCAGAGCUAGAUCAAGUGUUCCGGGAAUGAUUGAAGUUGGUGGCUUCCACAUCCCCAAAAUGGAUCCCACACUUCCUGAGGAUCUGCAGAUAUUUAUCGAUGAGGCAGAACACGGAGUCAUCUAUUUCGCUUUGGGAGUGGAGCUGCAGAGUAGAGAUUUGCCACAGGAAUUUCAGAAAAUGCUGCUUAAGAUUUUUGCAUCAUUGCCACAACGCGUAAUUUGGAAGUUCGAAGGAAAACAUCCAGCGAAUGUAUCAAAUAAUGUCUAUUUGUCUAAGAUGUUGCCACAACAAGCAAUUCUGGCACAUCCAAAUGUUAAAGUUUUUAUAAGUCACGGCGGAAUGUUAAGCAUCUUUGAGGCUGUUUAUUACGGAAAAAAUAUUAUAGGUCUGCCUUUGUUCUACGAUCAAUUCAGGAACUUGGAAGUUCUGGUGGAGGAGGAAGUGGCCAUCGAGUUAAGAAUAAACAGCAUGACUGAAGAGGUGAUGCGUGAUUCCCUGGAUCGCCUGUUGUAUCAACCAAAGUAUCGGGAAAAAGCACGUUCUAUUUCCGAGAAAUUCCGGGAUCAACCUAUGCACCCUUUAGAUUCAGCCAUCUAUUGGACCGAAUAUGUUAUACGAUACAAGGGCGCAAAACAUAUGAGGGUUUCCCAGUCGCAGGUGAAGCUGGCCGAAUAUUAUUCCCUGGAUAAAUUCCUUAUGGUCGGAGUAAGACUUUUCUUGGUUGUGGUUUUCGUUUUCUUUGCUCUUUCCAAUAGAAUGGUUUUCCUUAAUUAUUUGGCUCGAUUUGUAAAGUCUUUCAUACCUGUUAUUGGUAUACAACGUAAUGUUGAAGUGAUAAGAUGACUUAUAAAUUAUUUAAGUAUUUUAUUGAAUUUAAGUGGAAAAUUUUAGAACGAUUGCUUUCUACUGAGAUAACAGCGCCCAUAAUAAUAUUAUAAGCAGUAGAUAAAAAGGUCAACAAACAAAUGUUAUGAUCAACAAACCUAUUUAAACCUACCACAAAAAAAUCAUAAUUAUGUACUGCUACUAUUAAAAUUAAAAUAAGCUUAAAUAUUACGGAUUUUAAACAAAAUCAUCAUAUAAAAAUGAAAAUUUUGUAAUAAGGUUAAAAAAAAUCCAAAUAAAUAAUCGAUUUCUGCUGGCUGCGCAUUUGAAAUGUA